AUGGCAGUCGAACAAACAGUUAACGUUUGUAGACUUAAUACUCGUUCGGAUUUGGUCAAAUCAAUUUUAUCGUUAACUACCUUCAGUGAUUCAAAAGACGUAGUGGCAAAAAUGAUAGUCGAACAAAAUAAUCAAGUGAAAGAACGUAAAGCGUACAAUAGUGACGUUAAUAACAGUAGGUACAUUAAUAACGGUCCAAGGCAUAACGGCAACAAUUUCAACAAUAGUAAUAGGUCUUCAAAUAACAACAAUCGAAACCAUAACAACAACAAUAACAGUAAUAGACGUCCAAAUUCACGCAAUAAUCCUAAUGUGCGCGCUUUAAACGCCUAUACCCCUCAGGAGCGAACACCGAGGGUGGAGGAAUUGGACAAUAAAUAA